AACCGCAAUCCCUACCUCGACCCCUCAAAUCCCAACUACAACCCCACACAACCUCCCCCUCCAACAACACCCUCAAGGGCCUUCAAUCGCACCAUCUUGGCAUCGCCACGGGGAUCUAGCGAUUUCUUGGCCGAAGCGAGGGAAACGGUUGGAAGAGAUCGAGUAACUGGGAAACGCAUUGUUAGUGCAAAUGGGGGUAAGGAUAGGGAUAGGGGGAGGGGUAGGGGAACGGAGGAAAGGAGUGCGUAUGCCGACCACAGUAGUAAUAUCAGAAUCAGAAGUGGGACAAAAUAUGAUCUAUUUGUGCAGGAAAUGAAGGAGAGGAGAGAA